AUUGAAAUUAAAACAACAAAAUGAGCAAUAACGGAGGACCGGCAGUAAAAUGUGGUUACUGUGGUUAGCUCAUGUUCGAGUCUUGUACAGAGAUUCAAGCUCAUCAAUGUUUUCAAAACUAUGACGAAAAUAUUCAUGUCCUCUCUAUUGACAAGACAGGGCGUGCUACAAUAAGAAUGAAGGAUACAAAUGAAAAUAUGCAGAGCGACGUUCCAUCAUCAGAGAGUAACGAAUGUACUAGGUCAGCUGACACCAAAGACAAGAUGCUAAUUGAUGCUGUAGAGCGGAGGCCAGCUCUUUGGAAUUUCAAGUUGCCAGCACAGAAGCAUAUCCCCAUUAUCGUUUGCAUUUCGAUGACUAACUUGUCACUUGCGCCUUGGAGAUGCCUCAUCCUUUGUCAUGAAUCAGACCACAGCCAGCGUCUAGUUCCCUCAAUGACGUCACAAAUGGUAGUCACAUUGCCACUGCGACUACUGCGGUCAUGGAGUAAUAAGAAGGAAAUCAAGCUCGAGGAUGAAAUAUGGACUCGAAACACGAUUUCGGAAAACCCCAUGGAAAAUCGAGAAGAUAUGAUUUUAGCGCCAUUGCGGGAAAAGUUGAAUGUAUUGACUGUCACGUGA